AACAUAUUCUUCAUAUGUCUUAUUAAACAAGAACAUCCCAAAAAUUGUGCAUGUUCUGUGUUAUUGCAUAAGUCCAUAAUUAUGACAGAAAAUAAAGGCUUUGGUGGUUUUUUCGGGUCCAGUGAUCCAGAUCUAAAUAUUCCAGUGAAAGGGACAGCAGCUCUCUCACCUUACAUGAACUUAGAUCCAAGAAUAGUUCAAGAUAAUGAAAAUUACAUUUUAUCUGAAGGAGCUGGAGGUCAUCAGAGAGGCAAGUUUGAAAAAGCAUUCUCUCAGAUAGGUGGAUGUGUAUUUAUAGGUGGGGCACUGGGAGGAGCUAAUGGUGUUAUCUCAGGUAUCAAAACAUCGAAGGGGUACCAAGCCUCUGUUAAGAGAACACACAUGUUAAACGUUAUUAGCAAACAAGGAGCAUCAUCAGCCCAAGCAUUUGGAACUGUUGGUAAGUAUUAUCUCUAA